UAGAGUCAUAUUAUCGAGACUUAUGCUUUGGUGUUUCAGAUUAUCUUCAGAUUUGAAUACACACACUGCUCCACAGGUAAAUAAACCAUAUCAUUUCCUUGAAGCCUCAUUGAUUUAUCUGUUGUGAAAUAUUCAGUGUUAUUGAUGGGCAUAUUUAAUAAAGCGAGCAUGUCUCUUUAACACAUCAACACGGGCUGUGUGGAAAACGUGCUGAAUACAUAAGUGCAUUGCGUCACUGAGCAUCACGCUCUUAACAUUUUGCAGGAUCCUUGUAGAAAGUGUGUCCCUGAUAUAAAGGGAUCAUAACUUACGCUUUCCUAUUGAGUUUCUGCGCAUUUGCAUGACUGCGAGGCGACUGAAUGAGAGAAAAACCCAAACGGCGCAGCACAGACACAUGUUCAACACUGGAAUCCCACCACGUAGUUAUCCUUAUAUGGACAUUUUCCUGUUUGACACUGUUACGUCACUGCAUGACGCGAGAGCAGGUGCAGACGCUGAAACUGAAGGGGUCAUGAAAUAAGACACGGUGUAUUGCAUAUGCAUUUAAUUAUAUCCCACUGCAAAACGGAUUGAAUUAAUACAUCUCGAUCAAUAAAAAGAGUUAGGCUUUAUUUUCCACAUCACUGUCUAAUUUUAAUAAAUAUAACAGCUCAUUUACAUACAAAAAAAACGUAAUUUAAUUAAUCUAUAUCAAAUAUGAGCCUCGGUUUGCAUGAAAUGAUCAGUUUUUUAAAUAUGUACAUAAAAAUAAUACAUUAUGCGUUUUAGGGUCUAUCAGAAUUUUAUGAAUGAACAUGUCGAAGAGACCACUUUUAUCCGUCUCAUAGGGGUUACUGAUACGCCGCGCGCAGCUUUAAUACAGCAACGCCAAUUUAAUCAAACACAUUUUUAAUUAUGAAUUAAAAUGUAACCAUCAUGUGCACGCACGUGUUCUGAAAGCUUGUUUCCCCCCAGUGUCUGUACAGGCGCUCCCCGCGGGAGGAAAUGGUUCGGUCCGUUUCAUUCAUAAAAUUCAGACGACUAUAAAUAGGAGCUCGCGGAGCUGAGUGUCACUUGCCAGGUUUAUAAACCUGGAGAGAGCGACUCUAACAUCAAGAAGCGAGGCGUCUGGAUCAUACAAGCUGGAAUUUAGUCGGAAUUAGAAAUGUUCCCGAGCAAAGAGAAGACUGAGCCGGACUCCCCAUCCUCUUUGGCCGGGGAAACCCGCCCGCACAAACCGAUGGACAGCAGCAGCAGCAGCAGCAGCAGCAGCGCGCAGGGCGAGUCUCCGGGCGCGUUCGUCCCGACGGUCACCGCGAUCUCCAGCACCCCAGACCUGCAGUGGAUGGUCCAGCCGACCAUCAUCACCUCCGUGUCUCCGUCCCAGGGCAGAACCGACAGCAAUGAACCGGCGAAGAGCAAACCGGCGGGAAACAAAGCGAAAUGCGCUGCACGGAAGAGCAAGAGCGAGCAGCUCUCUCCUGAGGAAGAGGAGAAGAAGAGGAUCAGGAGAGAGAGGAAUAAAAUGGCUGCAGCGAAGUGCCGCAACAGACGGAGAGAGCUCACCGACACCCUCCAGGCCGAAACAGACAAGCUAGAAGAAGACAAAGCUGCCCUCCAGGCUGAAAUCGAGAGCCUCCUGAAGGAGAAGGAGCGGCUAGAGUACGUCCUGGCCACUCAUAAACCUCUUUGCCAAAUGCCCGAAGAGCUGGACUGCUUGUUUCCUGAGUCUCCUCAGCCUCUUCCCGCUCCAGAAACAUCCAGCAAACUCCCUGAGGACAGUCCGCAGGAUGGCACCUCCCUGCAGGACCUGGAGAUCCCUACGGUACCAUCCAGCGCCAUUUCUGGGAACUCCAACAUCCUGCUGUGCUCCAGCGCGGAGGUCAGCUUGUGCGACCUAGAGCCGUCUCUGGAUGUCAGGGACGAGCUUCUGGCCGGCGGCGGGGAUGAGGACCGUGUUUCGGCUCGCUCUGUCCCGGACAUCGACCUGAGCGGCUCGCUGGGCAUCACAGACUGGGAAACACUCUACAAGUCGGUGGCCAAUGAUCUGGAGCCUUUGAGCACCCCAGUGGUGAGCACUUCCACCCCCACCUGCAGCAACUACCUGUCCGUGUUUACCUUCGCCUGCCCCGAGCUGGACUCCCUGGCCGAGGGACUGGACGUUUGUAAAGGUGGCGUGACCAAAGCAGAGUCAAGCGUCGAUAUCCUCAACUCUCCAACCCUUCUUGCCUUAUAAAUGUACAUGAAAAAGGUCUUUGCACACUGAAGUUCGAAAUUUUCAUAUGCAUUUCUUCGUAUCUGAAAAAUUCGUCAUGCACACAAAAUUGCAGAGUCUGAUGC